AUGAUAGUCGCUCACGCUCCAAAAUUUUAUUUCGGUUCAGGAGAUAUACAAAAAUCAUUGGGUUCUCUUCCUGGAUUUCCAUGGGCGAAAUAUCCCGGAGAAAAACAUCUUCCCGGUCAUAAUUACACUGGUCCAGGUACUAGGUUAGAUCUGCGAUUAGACGAAAACGAUAAACCCAAACCGGGGGAAGAACCAGUCAAUAGAGUUGACGCCGCUGCGCUUAAACACGACAUACUAUACAGAAAUAAAGACAUAAACUUCAGACACGAAGCAGACAGACAAAUGAUAAUCGUACUUGAAAAUAUUCCAAAUCCAACUUUCAAAGAGAGAAUGCAAAGAGCAUUAAUCAUAAAACUGUUAAAAGCAAAGAUGAAAUUAGGCAUGGGAUUAGCGGAUGAAAUUCAUAAAGAAUUCAGAAAAACUAAAAACUUUUUAAAAGUCAAGUCUCCGGAAAACGAUAAUGACGCCGUUCACAAGAAAUAUUUACGGGAUCAAAUAAAUUCAGUUGAAGUAAAUAAAAACCAUUUUGAAGAUAAAAUAAGUAAUGUGAAAAGAUUCUUCAAACGUCAACUAAAUAAUAAAAUUUUUAUUAAUGAUACUAAACUACAACAAGAGGUAAAAGUUGAAACAAUAUUCUUCAUACAAAACUUACAUUUAUCUAAUCAAUUUAACGCUCGUAAAGUUCUUCAGUUUAUCAAUGGUACAGAAAAUGUAGAAACUAAAGAAUUAGAAAUUAACGACGAAAACAGCAAGUCUGGGCGCUUAUAUAAAAUUAAAACGAGUGGAAAAUAUAUAGAUAGGUUUAGAAUGUUAAUCAUACCAGAUAAAGAAGAUGUUCUUUCAUUGGGUAAAUUUGAUAUGAUAUUGGAGACGGAAAGUCCACCAUCAGUAAGUAUUAGUAGAAAUCCAGAACCAAAAAAAGUAGAAGGAUUGCCAAUCACUUAUCAGUUUUUACGAGUAACAGACUUUGAAUAA